AUGGCGAUGAGACCAUCCCUCCUCACCAGAGGCCUCCCAGCCUCUUCAGGGCCAACUGAUACUGGCUCUCCAGCUGAGCAGCGCGAUGAUGCGAAGAAGAAUAUGUUGAAGGCCAUGAGGCCGUUGCCAACACAGCAUUACUGGAACGUGUACUUUGACAGACAACAGAAAGAACAGCCAAAAUCUGCAGAUGGAACCUACACGGCAACUCUCGAGCAGCUCGGCUCCCAGAUCGAGUCUGUCCAGGAUUUCUGGCGCUACAACAAUAAUACGCCCGUGGACCAGAUCAAGAUGCGCGAGUCCAUCUACCUGUUCAAGCAAGGCUUCCAGCCCGUCUGGGAAGAUAGGAGGAACAUAGAUGGUGGCAGCUGGACGUUCAGGGUGCCCAAGGCAAAUGGGCCGGAUUUCUGGACAAGAGUCCAGCUUAUGGCUAUUGGGGAGAAGUUGCAGAGCUGUCUUGAUACUGGCGACCAACUCGCCGGUGUUGGUCUCUCCGUCCGCUUCAACUCCCAUCUGAUAUCAAUCUGGCACCGCGCCGGCACCAACCAAAAGUCCAUCGACGCCAUUCUCGCCACUGUCCUCGAAGAACUCCCCGCUGAGCUGAAGCCAAAGCCAGAUAACUAUUUCUACAAAAAGCACUCGGAUCACGCCGGUUUCAAGGCUCCUGCCCCUGAGUCAACUGGUCCCAUCCCUGCUAUCCACGCUCCGAAAGCAUGA